UCCAUGUUUAUAAUCGUUGAUUUUCACGAAUGAAGAGUUGAACUUUAAUUGUUAAAUACUUAAAAUAAUUUCGUCUAUAAUUUUAAUGAAUCGAUGAGAUCGGAUAAUAAUGGCCAGUCGAAUAUUUAAAUUGCUUUCUACGACUUCAGUAAACUCGAUUCAAGUUCGACAUAAAUUUUCCAGAGGAAAGCCUCCAACUUUAGCUCGGAGUCUAAAACAGCGCAUUGCAGAAUUAGAGCAUAAAGACCCGGCGGUUCAUUACCAAGUGAAUAUUGGAUUUAAGCUUAGUAAUUAUGUCGACAAAGAUUAUAAAGCAGCGUAUAAAAAAUUAGUAAAAGAGAAUUUGCAUAAUACUGAUUUGGAGAAGCUUGCGUAUGCCAAUAAGAUAAAUGUUGAUUUAGAUGAAUCUAAGCAGAUUUGGCUAGAUACAACUGCUCCUUAUCAAAUUUAUAAUGUUGCAAACUAUUAUGGCAUUUAUAAAGAUUUAUAUGGAGAUGCUUAUUUUUAUCCUAUAAUUCCAUUAACCGUUGAUUACUUAUAUAGCAAUGAUAUUGUACCAAGAGUUCAUAGAGGAAAUAUAAUUCAAUCAUAUUUAGCAAAAGAGGCGCCCAGUGUAAAAUACUUUUCUAAUCCAAAUUCUUUGUGGACACUACUUUGUACAACACCCGAUGGCAAUUUUUCUGAUCCAAACAUAGAAUAUUGUCAUUGGUUUGUCGGUAACAUACCUGGGAAUGAUGUAGCUAAUGGCGAACAAAUAAUAGAUUAUUUAAGGCCAAUUCCAGCACAGGGAAUAGGAUUCUGUAGAUACAUUUUCGUAUUAUAUAAACAGAAUACGAAACUGGACUUUUCCGAAUACAAAAAGGAACAACCAUGUUUAAAUUUAGUCGAUCGAAAUUGGAAGACCUAUGAUUUUAUGCUUAAGCAUCAAAAUGACUUAACACCAGCUGGUCUUACAUUUUUCCAAUGUGCAUAUGAUAAUACGCUUAAAAAUUUUUAUCAUACGGUAUUAAAUAUGGAAAAUCCAUUAUUCGAAUACGAUUUUGUCAAACCUUAUUUAAAGCCUCCAGUAUGGUUUCCUAAAAGACAACCGUUCAAUAUAUACAUGGAUAGGUACAGAGAUGAAAAACAAAUCAACAAGGAGUAUUUAUUACGAAAAUUGAAAAAGCAGCAUCCAUUUAAAUUUCCUGAUCCAGCUCUCAAGUAUCCGAAUGCGCAUGCAAUCGAUCAAAACUUACCAUCCUGGCUAAAAACGGAAAUGGUAAAUGAACGUCUAGGGCUUGGUCGUAUAAAAAAUUAUGAAUGAAUACAUUUUUAAAUUAUUAU